AUGGGUGGCCCCUGUCAUGGUUGGAGGGCCCGAGUUUGUAGUGAUCUUCCGCUGUUGUGGAAGAUUCGCCCCUGUCACCCUGCAGCUCGUGAAGUCCACAGCUUGCUGGGUGUUGGGGCGCAUGGCAACGAAUCGGAACAGCUUGAUGGAAGGGGUGAACCACAUGUGUGGGGAGUGAUCGGAUCGCAGCUUCUGUGCCAGGCAAGAGAGCUGCUCCAAAGGAGGAAGCCGCCAGCGCCAAGAAGAAAGCCAAGGGUGAACAGCCCAAAGCGAAAGCGAAAGCCAAGGACUUCAUUGCCUCCGGAGCCCCCAACUCCCAAAGCCAAGGGAAAGGCCAAGGCGGAAGCCAAGGCCGAAGCCAAGGCGGCGCUGGACACGGGAGCAUCCGCCGCAGAAAGCGUCGAAGCGAAGCCCGAAACGACUCCGAUGAAGGAAAACGAGCUUGAAGACAGCCUCGCCUUCAUGGAGGAGGGUGAAGAAGAAUUUCCAGACAUUUGUUUUGAGGAGGAAGGUGAUGAAGAGGAGAUGUUGUUAGAUGAUGAGCUGUUGGACCUGGAGUCUGAAGAAGACCUCGACCUCGAGGACGACGAGGAAGAGGAAGAUUCCGACCAGGACGAUGUCGGUGAAGCGGCAACAUGA